GCCUUACCAGACGUGGGGACGUCACCGAACACCGACUUGAAGCCUCUUGUCGACGCUCCCACAUAAAGCUCAGGAAGAAGAAAUCUAGUUCUUCACUGAGCGAAUAUGUUUGACGCAAUGUCUUAACAUCCAGUCAGAUAUGCCAUCGAUACUGUUUCUCGUUUCACUGAGGUGACACUACUCAUUCCGAGUCUCGAGAUGUUAUGGACGCCUUCGGAACACCGAAGCAGGUAAAGUGGUGUGUAUUAAAGAGUGUACUGACGGGAGUCAUCGAAGUGGUCGCACUAGUGGCGACACUGGUUGCCGAGACCGAGGAAGAAGAGACGGCCUCAAUACCUGCAGAUGUUGAUGACACAGUAGAACUAACGCUAGGGCUCGAUGAAUCUGCGGCCGAAGAUGUCACAGUCGUAGAUGUUUCCGGCGCAUCGGUGGUUGAUGCUGCAAACAAGUUGGCCGCGAGCGAAAUCAAGGGCGAAGUCGAAGACGAUGUAAUCGAAGCCGACGUCGCAGUGGACACAGUCGACAUUGAUCCAGUAGCAUUAGGAUCGAAUACUUCAACAUCAAGAGCACCAGAGGUGGGAUUUGCAGGUGAUCCUGUAGAUUCUGAUAUAGCUGAAGCUGAAGCAGUAGUAACCACAGCCGUCGACGUCGUGGUCGAAGAUGCGGAGGCGAAAGAGACCGGCGUGUCCGAUUGGGUCGUUGACGUGAAAAGGGCAUCCAUGGCGGAGACACUAGCUGAAACGGUCUCAGAGGCAGAAGCAGGAGCAGAGCUGGAAAGGGUUGCCAAGGUAGCCGCCGCGGUGAACGUAUCUGCACUAGAUGAUGAGAGAGUAGACGUAGAUGCAGGGUCCACGCUCGAAGCGCUAUCGGCAGGACCAUCGCCGACCUUUUCGCUGUUUGAGGAAGCGACCGUUGGAGGGGCAGGACUGAACACCAAGGUGACAUUUCUGGCAAUUGCAUAUGGGUUGUCAAUAGCACGAGAUUGAGCAAAAGCAGCAGCGGACGGUGGACUUGUUACGUCACCAUCCUCUUCAUCAACCAUCCUGCUGUCAAUGCUUGUUACGUUGGCCGUCUUAUCCGUAGAAGGAGUACCGGGAUCCUGGGGAGCGACUGACGUCGAGUUGUUACUACCAUCCUCAGGGGCAACUGGGGUACCAGCCUCCUUGUCUUCCAAGCUAUCAGUAUCAUCGUCUUCCGUCCCAUCGUCUUCACCCUCGAACCACAUCGGGCGGAUAAUUCCGGUAGACGGUUCAAAGGCAAAGACUUGGCUCUUGUGCUCAUCAUUUUGAGUCCCGUUCGUACAGCGUUCGACCGUGAGAGGGGCAGGCGCAGGGGGCUUCGGGUCGAAGGUGGCACAGUAGGACUCCAUGACCGCAUUCUCGGCGUCGAAGAGGGGAAUGGUGAUAGCCACCUUACGAUAUGUAUCGGCGGUCGUCGAGUUAGCAGACGAGGUAGAGUUGGAGGACUCAGAUGUGGCAGCAGUGGUAGAAUUCGAGCUAUCGGAGGUGUCAUCGGGCGGCAAGGCGAUGAGGUAGACUUGCGUCUGAUUGGUUGAAGAUGCAUUCAAGAUGAAUGGAUCUCCAGGACUAGAUCCAUUGGUGCCGUUGGUCGCUGACAGCACCAGAGAUGCUAUCUUUUGUCCUGAGGUCGAAUCCGCAACAUCGCUCUACAGCUUUCAUUCAGAAUAGAACAUGGGAUUGGUGGACAAAAUCACGCACCAUUAUAUCGACAGUACCCGGCACGCCCUCAAACUGGUAAACGUUGUCUCGUCGGUGAACAUGGACAUAUUCACCAUUCCCGUUGACAGAGACUUUGCUGCCAUGCACGUGAUGGUGCUUGUUAUGACGAGGCAAGAGUUGAUUUGGGACCAAUAAUGAAUGUUCCUCGUCCAGGAGUGGCGUGGACAAGUCAGGGAUGGCCUUCUUCUCGAGAACGUCAAUAUGAUCAUGAUCACCAUUCACGAUGACCUUAGCGUGGGCAGUAUGAUGGUGGUCGUGUGAUUGAGGAGUGGACGAACGGUGAACUUGAACGCGAGCGUUAGUCCUGUCGAAGUUGCGUUCCGGAGGAGGUCUAUCACCGAUCCAGAGAUUACCGAGCUGCAAAAGUGGAUUGAAAGGAUCAUAGAAGAAUUGACGCUGUAAAUGUGUAGUACCAUGAGUCCGCCGCUCGUAUGAUAGUGAGGUGCGACGUAC